AAAUUUUUAUUUUAUUUUUUCUCAUUUUGGUCCGUCUCCUUUUUCCGUAUUCUUCUGCUGUGUAAUAAAGAAGAAUACAACGGAACUCUGUUCUAUAUAUACUUACAGAAAGCCAAUAGCAAUUUCUAUUGUGAGUUUCUCUCCUCUCUGUUUUCUAUCCUUUUUCUUUUUCUUUGCUUGCUUUGCCGGGAAUUUACGUCGCCGAAUUGGGAUUGAUCGCGGAUUAAAAGUGUACGCACGCGGAUUUAAUGAGGUAGAAAGAUUCGAUGAUUUCUUCGUUGGUUUUUUUGUUCUCUUAAGAAUUUGGGUGGGAUUUUAGUUUUGCUUCAGAUCUGGUAAUGCUGGACGGCGGAAUUGAGAACCCAUGCCAAGGAAUGUGUUUUUUUGGUAAUGUAGAGGUGAGUUUGGGUUGAAUUGCGUGUGAAUUUUGAUUGGAAUUUGAAGGGUUUUCUUAUGUAGUUGGUGCGUGAAUAUGGAAGGGAGUGUAAGAUCAGGAGGAGGUGUGUUGAAGAAGAAGACCUCGUCAGGGUGUUUGAUUAUAAAAAAUAAGGUUCAGAAUAGGAAUUCAGGGGGAGGGUCGGGAGGUUUGAGUAUUAACAGUAAUGAAAAAAAGAGGCCCAGGUUACUUGAGAGUGAUUCUGGUUCGAGUGAUGAAGAUGAGUCCUUAGAGUUUAUGAGAAGGAAAGUUAAUGACAAGAGAUUGCACAAUGACUCUAUGGGGUAUAAAAGACAUGAGCUUGACAAUAUGGAGUAUGAUAGGAACAAUGUUGGGGUAGAUACUCAUGGUGAGAGAAAGAGAAGUAGGGUGGAUUUAUUUGAGUUUGACGAGUACGAUGAAUUUGAUGGGAAAAGGAUGAGGAAUGAGUAUGUGGAGGAUACAUUUAAGAUGUUUGAGCGUAGUGGUGGUGGGAAGUCGAAGGAGUUCGGUGUUGGGUCAUCACAUUAUUCACAUAGGAAGUUGCUGGUGGAUAAGCGUAACCAUGAUUCCUAUUUUAACGAUUCUAGCAGUGGGAGGAGCAAGGGCACUGGUUUGAGGGAUAAAGGGCCUGAGUUGGAGGAGGAUGAAGCGCACAUGCCAAUUUCAUUGUUAAGGUUGAGGUAUCAGGAGGCGGGUAAUGAGCCAAUCAGGCUGCAGGGGAAGAAUGGAGUAUUGAAGGUUAUGGUGAAUAAGAAGAAAAAGAUUGAUUUGCAUCCUCAUCUUAAGAAGUAUGAUCCUACAGGAGUUGAAGAUAGAGUGGGUUCCAGGUCCGAAAAUAUCAUGAAGAAGGACCUGUCUACAGCAUUGCCAGUUUAUCCAGCUUCAAAGCCACCUGAAAAACGAGGUUUGUUUGUUGACAAGGAGAAAACUAUUGGGAAGGAGAAAAUGGAGGUAAAGUUGGAAAAAAUAAAACCAAUUUUGAGUAAAGGCAUCAAGGCUAGAGAAUCGGAAACCAAUGGUAUGAAUACAGACAUCAAGGCACGAGAGUUGGGAGUUGAUGGUACUGAUACAGCACUUAAGCUGGCGCCACCAGGUCCGCAAGCUUGUUGCUCAAAGAAAGGGGUGAAAAAGGAGGAAGAAAGACCACCUCCACCAGAAAAUAUCACCCCUGUUAAAGUGAAAGAAGGAAAAGAAGGAAAAGCUAAGCGUGGUGGAAGUACAGAAAAGCAGAUGUUGCGAGAAAAGAUAAGAGGAAUGUUAACUGAUGCUGGGUGGACUAUAGAUUAUAGACCAAGACGAAACAGAGACUACUUAGAUGCUGUGUACAUUAAUCCUAGUGGUACAGCCUACUGGUCAAUUAUUAAGGCCUACGAUGCCCUAAAAAAACAAUUGGAGGAAGACAACACUAAAAGCAAAUCCACUGUUGGUUCUCCCUCAUUUGCCCCUCUAUCUGAAGAUCUGAUACAUAAACUCACCAGACAGACCAAAAAGAAGAUUGAGGAAGAAAUGAAAAGGAAGAUAAAAGAAGAUGGCAUGACUAAGAAUGCUAAAAGAUCUGCAGUAAGAGAUGAUGGGGAGACCUCAGGCAGUGAUCAGAACGAGGAGAGACUCAGUUCCUAUAUGAAACAGAACUCAAAGUCACGGGGUGGCGAAUUGCAAGACAUGGAUCAAGAAAGUGAUGAUGAUUUAAGUGAUGAUUCAGCCAACAAGAAGCUCAGGAAAAUCAAAUUUGGAAAACCUUCUAUAGCUUCCCGUUCUAACGUGUUACAGGGAAGAACAAGUAAAGUUAUUGGCAGAUGCACUCUUCUUGUUCGUGGUUCUGACAGAGGGGAAAACUCAGAGUCUGAUGGAUAUGUUCCAUAUAGUGGAAAAAGAACUGUACUGGCCUGGCUGAUUGAUUCUGGGACAGUGAAGUUAAGUGAAAAGGUGCAGUAUAUGAACCGCAGAAGGACUCGGGUCAUGCUAGAAGGUUGGAUCACCAGAGAUGGGAUCCACUGUGGUUGCUGCAGUAAAAUUCUUACAGUUUCAAAGUUUGAGCUGCAUGCUGGGAGCAAGCUACGUCAGCCUUUCCAAAACAUAUUUUUGGAGUCUGGAGUCUCUCUUUUGCAGUGCCAACUUGAUGCCUGGAAUAGGCAAGGGGAGUCUCUAAUUCAGGAUUUCCAUACAGUUGAUGUUGAUGGUGAUGAUCCAGAUGAUGAUACCUGCGGUAUUUGUGGCGAUGGAGGUGCUUUGAUCUGUUGUGAUAGUUGUCCAUCAACUUUCCAUCAGAUUUGUUUAGGAAUACAGAUGCUGCCUUUGGGUGAUUGGCACUGUCCAAAUUGUAUGUGCAAAUUUUGUGGGGAUGCUGGUGAAAAUGUUGCUGAAGGAAAUGGUACUACUGCUGAUGAAAUUCUCAGAUGCAGCUUCUGUGAGAAAACAUAUCACAAAUCAUGCAGUGAGGGGGUACAUGCGCUGCCUUCGAGUUGUGGUGCACCUUUCUGCGGGCUGAAGUGCCAAGAGCUGUAUGAUCAUUUACAGAAGAUUCUUGGAGUCAAACAUGAAUUGGAGGCAGGAUUUUCAUGGUCUCUUAUUCAACGAACAGAUGUGUCUGAUACCUCACACCGUGGAUUUCCUCAAAAGGUGGAAAGCAAUUCCAAGCUAGCUGUUGCAUUGUCGAUUAUGGAUGAGUGCUUUUUGCCCAUCAUUGACAGGAGGAGUGGGAUCAAUAUGAUUCAUAGUGUUGUCUACAACUGUGGAUCAAAUUUCAACCGGCUGAAUUAUCGUGGAUUCUAUACGGCAAUUUUGGAGCGGGGUGACGAAAUAGUAUCUGCAGCUUCUAUAAGGAUCCACGGAACCUGUCUUGCAGAGAUGCCAUUUAUUGGGACUCGUGAAAUCUACAGGCGGCAAGGGAUGUGCCGGCGCCUUCUCUCCGCUAUUGAGACUGAACUCUGUUCUCUCAAAGUUGAGCAUUUGAUCAUUCCCGCCAUAUCAGAGCAUAUGAACACGUGGACUAGAGUCUUUGGUUUCCAUCAACUUGAGGAUGUACUCAGGAGAGAAAUAAAGUCCAUGAAUAUGUUGGUAUUUCCAGGGACAGAUAUGUUGCAGAAAAUGUUAGUGAAGCAAGAAAUUUCAGAUGGUGUGAUGGUUUCUAAAUCCAUUAAGAAAGAACUACAGUCACCUGUUUUGGUAGAGAAGUCUGAGCUUGGUUCAUCUAUGGAGCACGACAAACGGAUGAGUUGCGGUUCUGGAGUGUGCCACGACACCAUGAUUAAUGAAAAAGUUAAUGCUCUAGAUUCUGGUUCUGCAGCACCAGCCGGUCCUUCAAAUGAUAGUUCAGCAGCUAGAGCUUCGGACUGUGUUUGUGAAUCUGAUAUCAUUCUUGGCAACCGGGAAGCUAGUAUGGUCAACACUGAUGUGGAAAACAAACAAAACGAACUCUCCACUAGCUUCAAACGUCUUCAUACCCACGGCGAAAAGAAUAACAUUGCUGACAUGGAAAAAGGUUUGCUAGAUCCUCCUUUUAUGGAUAACGUUAACUCUUCCAAGGAAUGUUUUAUGGGCAACCAGGAAGGUGUCAUAGGCAAUGGAUGCAAAACUGAAGCUCCUUUUCUGAAGUCCAUUCAUGAUUCUUCUGAUGAAACCCUAGCUGCAGCUGAGGCAAAUGGAAACCAGAAUCCUUUGGCUUUAGAGAGUGCAGAAUUUGCAAAGUCUCAUGCCAAUGUAGGUUUCUUACUGAAGGGUUCUGUAGACGCUGAGCCCAAAAUAAUUGUUGGCUCUGCUGAAUCUCAAUCUGGUUCUGUUAUUGAACCAUCAGCAGAGGAUACUAGAGGCAAGGUCAAUGGUGAACAUGUUGCAUCUCUUCCUACCACAGUUGUCAAUGAGAACUCGGUUCAAUUCAAAUCAGACCAGGAUCAGCCACCUAUUUUGGAAAGUGAAGUUAGUUUAUCUGUGGAACCUUCCACUGAUACUGCUGCCUCUGAUACUAAAGUUGCUAUUGAUGAUGUUGAUGACAAUGAGAGAUGUGAUGGCCAAGCCUUUUGCAGUAAGAAAAAUGUUAAAAGCAUUGGCCUGGAACUCGCUUCUGGUUUAUCACUUGUAAUCUCUGCAAAGGAUUCUGUUGAAACAAUCAAUGAGAAUCCGAAUCCUGUCCCUGUUCCUACCUUCCUGGAUAGUGGAGAAAGCAUCCUGACAAGUAAUGUUGAGAUAGAUCAAAAUGCAGUAUUGCAGGUGCAAAACGACCUUGUGGUCUCUGUUCCAGUUCCAAAGGAAUCUGUCAAUCCCACAGAAACAAGUACACCUGAUGCAGAAAUUAAAAUCCGUCUUGCUGUCAAAGUUGCUUCUCCUAUUUCCUCUUCCGAAGCUUUGGCUCAAAACAGCUACUGCUGAGGAUCGCAUGAUAUAGUGACUGCUGACAAGAAACAACCAGUAUGUGUCACAACUGGAUAAAUUGUUUAGCAUUUCGCUGCUGUUAUUGAAUCACAAGGGGUUGGAGCCCUGCAGCAGCAACCCAAUAGGCUUUCUAGUUAGUUGCUGGGGAUGAGUAAUUGGCAAUCAAUAUAUGGCCAAUACCUUUCUUAGUUCUGUUGAGGUAUGUGAUAAUGUUAGGAAAAAUCAGGUGCAGCACUGCUUUGAUCCCCAUUUUGAAGUCCCCCUCCAAACUGAUGCACAUAAUUUUCUGUUUCCCCAUUACUCCAAACAGGUUAUCUGCCCACGAGUUGUUACCAAAUAUGGUCAGAUAAAGACGGGGAGUUAAUGAAAGAAACAACUUCGAUUGUAGCCUUGUGGCAACUACUUUCUGCUAUUGGCUGCAUAUACAGACAUUUGUAGCUUUCUGAGUUGAUAAUGUGUGUAUAUACAAAUACAUCAUAUUCUUAAGCGGCAUCUCUUUUGGAAUGAUAAUCUAAUCGGCGUUUGCUGCACGUAAAAGCAGGAGAUUUGUAUUA